GCACCGACUGUCCCCAUCUCCGGCCGUGUGGGGCUCUGAGCCCUCGGUCACGCCUGGAGCCGUGCGUGUCCCUAUUGCACAGUGGCCUCUCGGAGGAGCGGUUGCGUGAACAAACCAUGACCGGCUCCUGAGGCUGAGAGGAGGGAGAGCAAUGGACCGAGCGAGGAUUCGAGCGAGAUGCCUGUUUGGUGCAGCCAUUGCCAGCCUGAGGAAAUGCUGCUCUUACGGAACCUUCCGGGCUGUGUUCCCGAUACUGGGCUGGCUGCCCCGCUACUCCAGCCACUGGCUGCGCAUGGACCUACUGGCGGGUGUGACGGUGGGACUGACUGUGGUUCCCCAAGCCUUAGCCUACGCCGAGAUAGCAGGACUUCCCGUCCAGUAUGGACUCUACUCCUCGUUUAUGGGCAGCUUUGUUUACUGCCUACUUGGCACUUCCAAAGACAUCACGUUGGGUCCCACAGCCAUCAUGUCCCUCCUGGUCUCCAUCUACGCAUUCCAUGAUCCGGCGUAUGCUGUACUCCUGGCAUUCCUCUCCGGCUGUGUCCAGCUCGCGAUGGGCAUUCUCCGCCUCGGCUUCCUUGUUGACUUCAUCUCUUUACCGGUCAUCAAGGGAUUCACCUCUUCUGCUGCACUGACCAUUGGCUUUGGGCAAGUGAAGAACAUCCUUGGGCUUCGUGACAUCCCACGCCAGUUUUUCCUGGAGGUUUAUUAUACGUUUCACAAUAUUAUGGAAACCAGAGUAGGUGACCUUGUGCUGGGUGUAAGCUGCAUUCUUCUGCUGGUGCUUCUGAAGAUGAUGAAGGGACAGCUGGCUGAGGACUCUGGAGAUGAGUCAUCUCUCUACCAAGUUUGUCGCACAAUCGUCCGGUCUAUAGCAACAGCUCGCAAUGCGGUGGUGGUGGUAGCUGCAGGCAUCGUCGCUUACAGCUUUGAAAAUCAAGGGCUCCACGUGUUUGUGCUGACUGGCAAAACCGAUCGUGGGCUCCCUCCCUUUCGCCCGCCACCAUUCUCCAAAGUAUCGCCCAAUGGGACCGUGCAUUUUGACAAGAUGGUCUGGGACAUGGGAGCGGGUCUGGCUGUGGUGCCACUAGUUGGAUUUUUGGAAAGUAUUGCAAUAGCCAAAGCCUUCGCAAGCCAGAACAACUAUAGAAUUGAUCCAAAUCAGGAGCUCAUAGCAAUCGGUAGCACCAACAUCCUGGGCUCAUUUGUUUCAUCGUACCCAGUUACAGGGAGUUUCGGCAGAACAGCAGUGAACUCCCAGACAGGUGUAUGCAGUCCUGCUGGGGGAAUAAUUACUGGUACCAUUGUGCUGCUGUCUCUGGCCUUUCUGACUCCUCUCUUCUACUACGUCCCAAAGGCAGCGCUGGCGGCCGUUAUCAUUUGUGCCGUGUUGCCUGUGUUUGACGGCGGGAUCAUUGCCAAGCUGUGGAAAGUGAAAAAGUUGGACUUGUUGCCUUUCUUUGCAUCUUUUUUGGGCUGUUUCUGGGAAAUCCAGUAUGGAAUUUUGGCUGGAAUGGUUUUGUCUGGGAUCAUCCUGUUUUACAAUAUUGCCAGACCAGACGCUAAGAUUACAGAUCAUGGCGUUGUGGUGAUCCAGUUGCAAAGUGGUCUCAAUUUCCCAGCUGUUGAGUAUGUCCGGAACCUUUUGUACAGGCACGGUUUAGAAGCCUCGGCUCCUCGUUCUGUAAUUCUGGACUGUGUUCAUGUGAGCAGCAUCGAUUACACAGCAGUGAACCUCUUACGAGAGCUGAUCUCGGAGUUCCAAGAGAAGGCCGUACCUUUGCUCUUCUCUAAUUUGCGGCUUGAAAUUCUGGACAUCCUAAUUUCAGCGGAUAUAAAGGGACUGAGAUACUUUGAUGAUACAGAGACAGCACUUCAUGUAUCCGGUGAGACCGCCAGUGUGGUUGGAGGGAUGAGCACUGCAAAAUCCCUUGUUAAUCUAAAUCCAGGUACAAUGCAUUUGAAUUCUUUCUCGGAAAAAAUACACUUCUCAUUCAUAGUGUUUGAACGUGUAGAGAACUUUAUUCAUAAAACACUUUUCCUCUUAUCAUUCUGUCCUUUACAGAUUACCACAUAGAAGACCUGGAUGGGAGUGAGAAACCUCUGCUUAUUAACAGAAACAUGACAUUUUAUUCCUAGUCAGAACAUUACUCAUCAAAUACUGUCGAUUCCAGGAGCCAUUCUCUCUUCUCAUCACUAGAAAUUGAUGGAAGGAAUUGCCAGUCAUUCCUUUAGUGAUAUGCAGUGCUUUUACUUUGUUCACUUGACUCUUUGAGUAAAGUGUAGCAGUAUCACAAGCAAUGACUUGACUGAAUGGUUAUCUGGCUAAUGAAGAGUUACAAAAUAGUGUAUCAUUUCCCACGUCUUCCAGAGAUGGUACACUAUACUUGCACAAUCUAAUUUAUUUUUGUAUGUUCAAUCUGGUUAUCUAAUCCUCAUGUGUUUAAAGUGUAUAAUCUCUCCCUGGGAUGCACUCGUAUUAAAUACACUUGUCCAUUUCUAUAUCUUCAAGUAGUGACUAAACUUUUGUAAGGUGUCCAUUAAUUCUCCUACCUCUAGGUACAGAUGUUCAUUAUCUUUUCCCCAGUGCUUAGAGACAGAGAGACUGACUGGAGGAGGGGAGAACUAAAAAGUAAACCUUAGAUAAAAGUAUUUAACCUUCCAUUAAAUUGCCUCGAUUCUCAUGCCUGCUGCUGCUGCUAAUUUAGUCCUGAUUGUAGAGAUCUUAUUCAUAGUGCAAUUUUAAUACACAAUUGAAUUGUGAUUGAACUAGCAAGAGUAGAUUAAUGGUUUACAAUUGCCAGCAGUAGGUCUGCCAGUCAUGUUUGCAGUCGUAUUAUUAUCUACAGGCUCCCGUUGGGGAAUCUGGAGUACUGUCUGACUAAACAACACAUGGACUUUGUAAUUUGUACAUUUCAAACUGGUUGUAAAUAUUGUAUUGGUCAAUGGUUGACUGAGAAAUAAAUACCUUACUAAGCAUA